AUGUCGAUGAAGGUUUAUUGUGCCUUAAUCACCGCACAGCUUGGAUUUGGGGCGUAUGGCAUUAUCGUGACAAAGUUCGCCAAGGAAACUAAAGCAGAUCCUUUAGUGUUCUGCCUGUUUCGUGAUGCCGGAGCUUUUCCAGUCAUGAUGUGUGCUGCUUUUCUCGUUGAAGGAAAAUUGAGUUUUCCUUCUCUCAGGUUAGAAAAAUUACUUUUUCAUAGCCAACCAAGCAGUGGAAGUGAGUCGUAUUCUAAACUAUGUCCCUAAAACAUGAGACGAAGCCCAACUGAAACAUUAUUUUGAAAAUAAUUUCAAAAUUAUUUUUAAUAACUGUAAGAUUAUGAUGAAAAUUUAGCUAAGCAUCAAGCUUAAAAUCAACAAAAUUAAAAGUGCUAAGUCGAAGAACCAAUUUUUGUGGCUCACUGUAAUUUGCGAAACGAAACGAAAAUCUGUAAAUAUGCUAAUUUUUUUUACUCAGAGGUUGACCGAUUUUCAAUAAGACUUAGGAUAAGUUAACUUUAAAAGAGAAUUAUGGUAGAACAAAUGUCUUAAAAAAUAAAAUCAUGGAAUAUAUGAUAGUAGGAAUCUGUAGCCUAGAGAAAUUCGCGGUUCUGCUGAGUUAAAUAUUAAGACUAGAGCUAAGACUUAAGAGCUAAGAAAUUCCUGUUAAAGUUAUGAGUACUUUGAUCUGAUGAUUUCUGUCUGUCCUGUUUUCUGGAUGUUACACAUGUUUGUGCCAGGCAGAGAUACCUCGAAUAUCACUUUGUGGUAAUCUCUUUUAUUGGAUAAUCUAUAGAUAUUUUUACAUCUGAUUCAUAGAUCUACAUUCGAUUUAAAUUCUGACUCAGAGUUUUUGAGGAUUAUUUCAUCUAUCCAUCUAAUUAUUCAUAGUUUUAUAUAGUUUUUAGACAUAUAUGUUUUUUUAUUAUGGUGAUCCAUCUUUGUAUGGGGUCUAUAACUUCUUUAAGGAUUAUCCAUUGGCUGUACUACCUAUCAUUAAUAAUUAUUUUAGUUUAGCCAUUUUGUAAUGUAUAUGCCAUGUAUUUCAAUAAGUAAAUAAAUAUUUUUGCAAAUCAUUAGCAUAUUUCCAUUUCACUUUACAUAUUUCUAGAAAUCUGUAAUUUGCAAAAAGGAAAUAUGCUUAUGAUUUAAAAAUCUGUAUGGUGAACUUUACAAAAUUUUUACAACAUUUGUGAAUAACUCAAAGUGUCGUUUAGGCAAUAGUACACAAAAGCAAUUUGAAAUGUGAGUUGACACUGUAGCAGUACUGUCCACAAGGUAAAGACUACACACAUAAGGUGUAAUCAAUGUAUGUUGUCGAUCAAUAAUUCAAAGGCAUGACAUAACACUUACCUGACCAGAAAUGGACUUGGAAAGUGUCGCAGCAUGUUUCUAGAUGAAAUAUCAUGUUUACUAGAAAAAUGUAACUGACCCAAGCUCUUUUAUUUUCUUCAGUCUCUUUUUUUUGCAAAUUGCAGAUUUCUGUUUUGCAAAUCAUUUGAAUAUUUUCAUGUUGCAAAUUACAGAUAAAUCUGUAAUUUGAAAUUUCUAUUCGGCAAAUCAUUAGAAUAUUUCCAUUUUGCAAAUUACAGAUUUUCAUUUUGUUUCAUUUCACAAAUUACAGUGGGCCUUUAUUUUUUGUGGUAUUUCUAGAAAAACAAGCAGAAUAGUCCUCUUAACCAUGAACUCCUAAGAUCUCAUCAUCAAUUCUCCUUACUGUCUGCGAUACAAUUGUUGUGGUAUUAGUUUGGAGAAUGUACUAUAGGAUCAACUAAAAAUUCCCUAACUUAUACUUUUGUUUAUUCUCAUUACUUGUAAAAUUGUAAGGUGAAAAUUUGUUGUGGUCGCUCCAGGGAGUUAAUCCUUUAGCUCCAAAGAGUGACUAGCAUUUAAUUCCUCCUGACAAUAUCAGCCUUGAAUCAAAUUUUAAGGUCACAGGAAUAAAGGAAAUGAUCACCAACUAAAGAGGCUUUUGAUGGUGAAACAAAUUCUCCUUGCCAGCAACUUUAGAAAUGUAUAGAGAACAGUAUUGAGAAUAAACAUGAUGAUGUUGAGUUUAAAGGGUAAAAGCUGUUCCAGCCGCUUCAAAAAUAAUUAUUAAAUAACUGUUCCAAUUUUCAUUCUUUUUUGUAGAAGCAUACCUUUGCUGAUGGUUCUUGGCCUCACAGGACCAUUUAUUCCUCAGCUUCUUUUCCUCCUUGGUGUUUAUUUAACAUCAGCUAACAUGGCUGCUAUGUUCCAGCCUGCAGUGCCUGUGUGGAGUGCUUUCCUCGCAAUGAUGACUGGUGUGGAACCACCUCCGAAGCUAACAACAAGUCAUGGAUGCGCUAAAGUUUUUGGAAUUUUAUUAGCAGUUUGUGGUGCUAUGACAAUGACGUUAGGAAAACUACAUGAUACUUCCAGUGAAAAUUCCUGGCUUUUACAAGAUUCAUCUAUCGGGAGUCAGUUUCUGGGUUGCAUUUGUCUCUUUGUGAAAACCUCCAGCACAGCCGUGUACUACAUUAUUCAGAAGAAAUAUAUUUUUAAUCAAUCCCACUCAACUUGGAAGAAACAACCCUUGGCUGUUACAGCUUGGAGUUACUUUUUUGCUACAAUUUUUCUGGCAUUUGCUUCAUUAACUUAUUCAAAUCAACCAGAAAAGUUCACAAGUUUUACAAAGGAAACAUUCUAUUGCUUACUGUAUGCAAUUGUGGUCUCCUCAACAAUGUGUUAUCUGCUUCUUUCUUGGUGUAACAUGCAGGCACCAUCCACUCUUGUUACCUGCUCCUGGCCUCUUCAAUCUUUAUUUUGUGCACUUUUGUCCAUGAUAUGUUUAGGACAAUCGCUGCAGCUUCUGGAAUGUGCUGGUGGUGGGUUGAUAAUCAGUGGUCUGGCCACAGUUUUGUGGUCAACUUACAAAGAGAGUGAAGAAUUACGUUUGCAUUUGAAAAAUGAGAAGACACUCUGUUAGGAGAAGUAUGACAACAGGUAGCCCAAGCUCCCAAAAUGAGCCUCCCUGAAUAUACAAAUAUGUUGACAUUGUGCAAUGGCUGAAAUAUGAGAAUUUUUAUGAGAAUUUUUAUGGGAAUAAACAGUUGCCUUUGUGACCUUAAAAAAACUGAACCUAAAAAUUAUUUUACGGGCAAAGCAGCUGAACUAAAAUGGAACUAAACACCCCUACAUUAGCCUAAGAUACUCUCAUGAUGCAAAGGAACAACCUUAUAUUUCAGCCAUUGGGUAACAUUUACAUAUUUGUACUGUAUAUUUACUGAGGCUCAUUUUGCUAGCUUGGGCUACUUUUGGUAAAAUUCUCUUUUCAAAUAAUGAAAUGAAAAACAGGAACUAGUCACUAGUUACCCUUUCACUCCCAUGAGUGAUCAAAAAGAAAUUUAUCCUUAUAAUUUUGAUACAUAUUUAAACCUUAGGAUAGUGUUUGAUUUAGCACCAAAUUCUCAAAGCCAAAAUUAUUGGCAAUGUAUGGAGAACAGUGCAGAGAAAGUGAUAUUUUGAUCUUGGGAGUGAAAGGGUUGAUGCAAUCGAAUUUGUUCACAUAACAACUUCACCAUUUCUUCCUUGGUAUGCAAAUCUCAAAACUGGCUAUUAUCGAUGAAACUUAUUUACAUUGACUCAAAACUGUAAAAAGUACUACACUGUAUUUACAUUUGGGUUUCACUAUUAACCUAAGGUGCUCUGCAUAGCUGAGAGUAAACUUUAUGUAAAAAUGUCUCAGUAUGAGGGAAUUUAAUUUGUAAGUAUGUUAAAAAGGAUACAUGAUAUCCCUCCUAAGGAUUUAAUUAAAUACAAAUAAUAUUAGGGAAUAAAUAGGGAAAAGUUGAAAUGAUUGAUUUUCAAAGUUUUUCAUGUGUUAGAAAUGCUAGUGUCAAAUACUCCUAAUUUCACAUGUAUUGUUUUCCUGUUUCUUAAUGAUACACUUGCCAUCCUUAAACCCUUCACAUUCUUACAUUGGUAUUUAUAUUCUUCACACUGUUUUCUUUGUAUUUCCUGUGGCAAUGACAAGGAGAAUUUGUGUGGCAAUCAAAAGCUUCUUGAAUUGGAGAUCAUUUUCUUUAUUUUCAUCAUCUUUAUUUGUUGAGGUUGAUACUGUAAGGAGAAAUUAGAUGCUAGUUGCUCUUAGGUGUCAAAGGAUUAAACAUGAGUAUUGGCAUUUACAUAAACUGCAGUCAAUACAAUGAACGAAUUGACAACAUACAAAACCUGUC